AUGAGUCUUGGUUGGCUCCCCUGGCCUACUCGGCGUCUUCAUACGGCCGUGCAAAGCAACACAACAUGGGGAUACGUAAUUUAUCGCACAACAUACACUCCCGAAUCGGACGCUACAUUCCCCCGCGUCGUGGAUCUACUCAACUCAUAUAUCAAACACGGGCUAUACUCGGAGUGCACCUCCUCUCAAAACAACAACUCAAGGCAUACGGACACAACACCAUAUCAUGAUAUUUGGGCCCGCCAUGAUCCGGUCAUCAUGGAUGACCCAGCGCUUAACGGGGCAUCGGCCGACGCUAUCCAAGCGCAUUUCAAGAGUUGGACUCGGGCACAGGAAAAGAGAGGCUGCUCAACUGCUUAUCGAAUGUGCAUGGUGCUAGACGAAAGGUCUUUGCAAGGAUUGGCGAAUUUCCCGCCGCCGGGGGAGGACUUGAAUGAUGAGAAGAGAAUGCAUCCGAUCCAGUAUGUCACAGUAAUCGAGACGCAACCGGACAGCGACGACGAAUACGAUAGUUUUAUGGGCGGUUGA